AUGGCGAAAUCCGCAAGACGAUCAGGUCGCAAAACACCGGCGUCAACACCAGGCUCAUCAGGCGCCUCAACACCAAGCUCAGUCUCAGGCCCAAUCCCACCCUUCACCAAAGUCCCAGCAACACUGCAGUCCUUCGUCGAACCCCUCUCCGAAAAAGAAGUCUACCUAGUGCACCUGGACAUAACAGCCGAAGAACUAAAACGGCAAACCUUCACGGUCCCCCUCAUCGUCAACCUAAUAGUCGGCGCCGUAAUCGCGCUCCGCAUCUACCAGGGCAUAACCACCUACCCAGCACUCAUCGCAACGCUAAUCGGCCUCCAAAGCUCGAUGACAGUGGACGCGGCCACGACCCCGUGGACGGAGGGGUUACAAAUCGUGCUACGGCGCACGGGAACCCUGCUGAUCGACUACUUCCUCGUGACGAUGUUCCUGUCGUGGCCGAUUAAUUUCAUCCAGGGGCCCGUGCGCUGGCGACGUGCGGUGGGGUUCCGGGAGCGCGAGGUCAUCGUGCGUCGCAGCCACCGGAGCUGGAGUCGGAAGCUUGAGCGCAAUAAGUGGAUCCGCGAGGAUGAGGCGCGGCGGGAUAAGAUCGUUGCUGCUGUUACGCCUGAGCGUAUUGGGAAGACGGGGUAUUUGCUUGUUGAUGAGGAUUGGAAUUUGGAUUAUAAUGCUAUGAUUCGGGCUCAUGCGCUUGUUGAUAAGAACAGGCAGGGCGAUGGGGUGCAGAUGGAUGAGUUCCGUACUGCCGUGCUCGUUCAUACUGAUCCUGAUGGAUGGUUGAUAUGGCGUGUUGGGGAUGAGAAUACUCCCGCUGGUCGUCAGCGCUCUGAGCAGCGUGAUCAGAUUCUUGCUUUUAAGGAUAAGUUGACCGAGAUGGGUAAGGAGGAUCUCUUCCUUCGCUGGGUUGAGUUGAUUCAAUGGGAAAGCUCGCAGCCUGGUGGCUUCACUCCGGAACGACAGCGGUCUGCCAUGUUCCAAGCAAAGCAAUUGUUUGAAGAUGAGAAUGUGGACUUUAGCAGUUUCUGGGACGACAUGGGUGGUAUGGAAGGAAUCGGUGAAUUAGAUUAG